AUGUUCGCUCACAAACUCAUCCACGUCCCUCGCAUGUCCCGAAGCUUGGGAACGCAUGCUAAUCGUACAGCCCUCGGGACUUCUCUGCCUGCGGUGCUUCACCUGAAAACAGGCCAGUCCUACCGUGGCCGGUCAUUUGGGGCACCGCGAAGCGUCUAUGGAGAAACCGUGUUCUCCACGUCCAUCACGUCUUACACGGAGUCGAUGACCGAUCCUUCAUACCGCGGUGAAAUAUUGGUCUUCACCACACCUCUCAUCGGCAACUACGGUGUUCCCGUCAAUAAGGCCCCUAUGGACUCCCAAGACGUAGGUGUUGUCCUCGAGUCGAAACGCAUUCAGUGUACCGCGGUCGUGGUGGCCGAUGUAGCUGAGAAAUAUUCGCACCAUGCCGCCGUCGAGUCACUGUCGUCGUGGUGUAAUCGACAUGGUGUCCCGGGCAUCACGGGUGUCGAUACUCGUGCCAUCACAACUCUCUUACGCGACCAAGGUACGACCCUCGGCCGCCUUGCCGUCGGCGCCGACUCUUCACUUCCCCCACCCCAGCCGAGCGAAUAUUGGGACCCUACCACUGUGAAUCUUGUCGACCAAGUUUCAACAAAAACGCCGUAUGUGCUAAACCCGACUGGUGAUGUGAAGAUAGCUGUCCUCGACUUUGGUGCAAAGGCGAACAUUCUCCGCUCGCUGGUCCGUCGCGGAGCCGCCGUUACUGUGCUGCCAUGGAACUACGACUUCAACGCCACUCGUGAUCGCUACGAUGGUCUGUUCCUUACCAACGGCCCUGGUGACCCAAACCAUUGCACGGAAGCUGCUAUGCACCUGCGUCGUACGCUGAAGGAGUGGGAUCGACCUAUUUUCGGUAUUUGCAUGGGUCAUCAGGUCAUCGGCAUUGCUGCUGGCCUGGAUGCGUAUCGCAUGACUUUUGGCAACCGUGGUCAUAAUCAACCCGUCCUCGCCCUUGCGUCAUCUGGGUCUAUCAAAGCGGGUAGGGUCUACGUCACCAGCCAAAACCACCAGUAUGCUUUGAAAUUGCAGGAUCCCUUCCCCGCUGGCUGGGAGCCGUUCUUUAUCAACUGCAACGACUCUUCUGUGGAGGGUAUCAAGUCAACAGCAGAUUCUGGACGGAAGGUGUGGGGUGUACAGUUCCAUCCGGAGAGUGCUGGCGGUCCACUUGACACGAUCGAGAUGUUCACUGAUUUCUUGGCUGAGUGCCGGGCGCAUAAGCUAGAGGCUGCUGGGCCUGUUGCUGCCGCAGCUUAA